AUGAGUUCAGUAAAUAAAUUUUGGUAUCAGUACCAGUACAUAGUAAAUGAUUCAACAUACUGCAGUACAAUAGUGAAGCAUGCUCAAGAUGAGGGACGACAGAUAAACGUUGUUAAUUUGGAUCCCGCUGCUGAAUAUUUUGAUUAUGAGAUGGUAGCAGAUAUAAGAGAAUUGAUACAUGUUGAUGAUGUAAUGGAGGAUGAGGAGUUGAGGUUUGGGCCAAAUGGAGGUCUUAUUUAUUGUAUGGAAUAUUUAGUUCAGAAUUCUGACUGGCUUGAAGAACAACUUGUCGACGAGGAGGAUUCAUAUACAUUAUUUGAUUGUCCUGGUCAGAUAGAAUUAUACACACAUUUAGACAUUAUGCGAAAAUUAGUGGACAUGCUUCAUAGUUGGGAUUAUCAAAUCUGUGGCGUCUACAUCCUCGAUUCACAGUUCUUAAUCGAACCCUCGAAAUUUCUUUCCGGUGUUUUGACAGCGUUGUCAGCAAUGGUUAGUUUGGAGAUUCCCCAUGUAAAUGUAUUGAGCAAGAUCGAUCUGUUAAACAAGAGAGGUAGAAAAAUGCUUUACAGGUUUUUAGAGCCUGACGUCAAUUUAUUACUCGAUGAAGAUUCUGCAUCUACGAGAUGGAGUGAAAAGUAUAAACGUUUAAGCGAGACAAUAGGAAAAGUGAUAGAUGAUUAUAGUUUAGUAAAAUUCCAGCCCCUCAACAUUAAAGAUGAAGAGAGUAUUUAUGAUUUGUUAUUUUCCAUUGACAAUGCAAUUCAGUAUGGGGAAGGUCUAGACGUGAAAGUAAAGGUGAGAACAUUGGAAAGCAUUUUUUAUCAUAACUUAAUUUUAAACACAGUUCUUUUAUUGUUUUUAGAGCCUGACGUCAAUUUAUUACUCGAUGAAGAUUCUGCAUCUACGAGAUGGAGUGAAAAGUAUAAACGUUUAAGCGAGACAAUAGGAAAAGUGAUAGAUGAUUAUAGUUUAGUAAAAUUCCAGCCCCUCAACAUUAAAGAUGAAGAGAGUAUUUAUGAUUUGUUAUUUUCCAUUGACAAUGCAAUUCAGUAUGGGGAAGGUCUAGACGUGAAAGUAAAGGAUUUUGCAGAAUACGGUGACGAUGACGACGAUGACAGCUGA